GUCGACAUCCUCGUCACUCGCUACUCACUGCCUUUUGAACGGUUCGAAGGAACUAGAGACAAAACGGCGCAGUGGGAUGUGGAUCGAGCGCAGUGUUCUCCCCUCCAAUUAAGCUCGUCCAGUCCAGACUCCAGAGCCCAUCGAACACCACCGGAUCCAAUUCCGUCGUCUCUGCGUCACCGGCCAGCGCUCGAUCCAUCGAGGAGUGGUUGCGCGCCCAACCCUGACCCUGCACCGCUUGUUCGCUUGCGCUCGAGUGGAGUGGUUGCCAUUGCCGGCGUGGGGGCGGGCGGACGCACCCACGCGCGAAAUUUGUCCGCGCCGGGUGAAAGAAGCGUACCACGCCGCCCUUUAUUAUAUCCGCAUCCGAUCCGAUUCCAUUCCGUCUGAUUUUCCUCGGCGGCAGCUCGGUCGGGAGUCUCGAGGGUACGAUCGAUCGAGGAGACAAGGAGGGGGAAUUUCGCGGCGCACCACCGUACGCGAGGCUGCAGCUGGCCAUGGACGCGCCCUUCUUCUACGAGCUCAGGAGGCAGGCCUCCUCCUACCUCACCGGCAAGAUCCGCUCCGCGCGGCUCGCGCUCACCGAUGUCACUCCCACGCAACUGAUGACGGAGGAGGCGACGAACGGGGACGCGUCGCCGCCGAACGUGAAGACGAUGAGCCUCAUCGCCCGGGAGGCGUUCGAGAUCGACGAGUACGUCAGGAUCUCCGACAUCCUCCACAACAGGCUGGCGGCGUUCGACAGGAGGCAGUGGCGAGAGCCGUACAAGGCGCUGCUCCUCCUGGAGCACCUGCUCACCCACGGCCCCCGCAGCGUCGCCUUGGAGUUCCAGAAGGACAGGAGCGUCAUCCAGCAGAUGGCCACCUUCCAGCACAUCGACGAGAAAGGUUUCAACUGGGGUCUGACGGUGAAGAGCAAGUCGGAGCGCGUGCUGAGGCUGCUGGAGCGGGGCCCGUUCCUGGAGGAGGAGCGCGAGCGGGCGCGCAAGGUGGCGCGCGAGAUCAAGGGCUUCGGCAGCUUCAACCUCAGAAGCAGCACCGCCGGCGGCGGGGCGGCGCCGGAGCUCUACGCGCGGAGCAACUCGCAGUACGAGAGCCGGCUGUGGAAGGAUGAGGACGGCGACGACGACGACAAGGAGAAUUUGGUAUCGAGACCCGACCAGCGGCGCGAGGAGGCGGCGGUGGAGGAGCUGCAUCACCACCAUCACCCGUUCCAGGGCUUCGGGCAGCAGCGGCCGGAGGCGAUGCUGCUGCUGAGCCAGUGAUCGAGUGAUCGCGAGGGGGCCGCCGCCUCUCGGCUCACCUGUACUGUAUGUCAGGUUGUCUAAGACUAAGGUCAGUGGUUUGCUGACGUUGCUGAAGGCUUUUAGGCUCUUUUCCGCUCUGUGUUGUUGUACACUGUACAGUCUCCUGGUCAGUUUCCUCGAGCAGGCUUCGUUGCGUAAUCACGUGCUUUGCCCCCGUCUAAA